AUGGAGUACAAGCACCAGAAACUAAGUGGUUCUGAGGAUUCCAGUAUUGUUAAUAAUCGCAUUCUGUUCUCAAGUUUACCUGCCGAAAUCCACGCUCAGAUCUUUGAAUUCUGUGAUUCUAGUACACGAGCCUCACUAUUGAAAUUGAGAAGAGAGACUCUGUUUCAUUCACACCCUUUCUGGGUAGAGCCUCUAAAUGCUACUCUUUUCCGCUCAAUAAUUUUGAAUGAGUUCUCCCCGUCAUUGGAAUCUCCGUUCCGAUUCGAAACAGGAUCAGGAAGAUUGAAAACUUCAGUUCAACAUAUACCAAAGCUCGCACAGUACAAGAACUAUAUCAAAGAGGUGGUAUUAGAGUCUCUCUCAUCAAUGCUGAAUACAAAAGUUUAUAACGAGGCGCAUAAGGUGGAAACAUUUUUACGUGAGUUGCCACAUUUAAGCAAGCUAUCAUUGCAGUGUGUUUAUGGUGUAUCUGUUAAUAAUCCGCCAAAUGUUUUACACGUGACACUUCCUAAAUAUGUUGAAAUUUCGGAGUUAUUAGACAACAUCAAUUGCUCAGUGAUUAAAGUCUUGAAGAUUAACGAUAGGGAGUGUAGGGAAGAUCCUAAUUUCAAUGAGAAUGGCUCAAUCAAUGAUGAUGAUGAUCAGGAUGAUUCCGCUACCACUGAAGAAGAAGUACGAAAAAAUUAUGGGUUUGCUCAGGAAUUUCCGGAAUUAAGGGACUUUUGCAUGGAUAUUUAUGGAUUUGCUACCCUUGAUUGUCAAAAUUUUAUUGCACCGAAAUUGGAGGAGUUUCAUUUUUUUUCGGACGAACCUACCUGUAUUAUUAAUUUGUCCAGCGAGUUAUAUCCAAAUUUAGAACAAUUAUCAUUGAGUUCCCGCCUCCUGCCAAGUUAUCAGGAUUGUGCCAGUAUCGAUUUUUCUAAAACUAAGGGGUUCCAAAAUUUGAAACAUAUAAGAUUUUCCAAGAUUAAAAUUGAUAAUUUAAUAUUUGGUUAUUGGCUUGCAUUGGAGACUUUAUCUAUAGUGGACAGUGCACCUUCAUUGAAGAUUGGGAGCGAUUUCCAAAAAUUGAAGAAUUUGAAAAAAAUAGCAAUCAUUAAAUGUCAAAUCGAUGAAUUUCCUGAUGAUCUCCAUCUUGAAAACCUCGAGGAAUUAAGAUUGAAUAACUGCCGUCUAUCGCAUUUGAGCGGCUUAAAAAAUUGUUUAAAUUUGGUAUUAUUAUCUGCGGAACAAAACAGUAUUGAGAAUUUCACCACUAAUUUAACAAACCACUCAAAGUUGAAGGUUCUUAACUUGUGGGCUAAUAAACUUCAAUCUUUUGAGAAUAUCCACUCGAUUCCCAAUUUGGUUUCCCUAGAUAUCAGAAGCAACCUAUUAAAAUCGAUAGACAAACCGCUAUUAUUGCCAAAAUUGAGAGAGCUAUUCAUCAGUGACAAUCCUAUCAAGAAAUUGGAUGCAAAUAUUGCUUCCUUAGUGUCUUUGCAAAUAUUGGAAGCUGAAUUUUGUGCAAUCGAGAAAAUAUCUACCGACUUUUCUGAGAUCAAAAGUCUAGCAAAACUCUCAUUUGAAUCUGUGAAGGGUAAAGGCAAAAAUUCAAUAUUCUCAAUCAAACAUUUUGCAGACAUGUCUUCAUUAGAGUCAUUGAAUCUUCAAGGAGUUGGUUUGGUCGAAUUUGACUGUCAAUUAUUUCAUCGGCUAAUUUCGUUGAACUUGCUGAAAAACAAGAUUACUGUUCUUAGAAAUUUGGAAUCAUUGAUCAAUUUAAGGCAAUUGAAUGUUUCUUAUAAUAGUAUUACUUGUAUCAAAACGAAUUUUGCUCACUUAAAGAAUCUUAGCGAAUUAGAUUUGGGAAACAAUCGACUCAGCUCAUUUGAAAACAUUAACGAUAUUCCGAAUCUUGAGGCUUUAAAUUUGGACAGUAACUGUUUACGUGAAAUCAGCCCACCUUUGAAUUACCCUAAUUUGAAAAUCUUUUACUUGCUCCGGAACAAAAUGGAAAGUUUGGAUCAUUUAUCAAAAUUGCAAAACCUUCAAAUGUUGGAUUUACGCGGUAAUAAAUUUAAAGUUUUUGACCAAAUUUCCAAAGAUAUCAGUGGAUCCAGUGGAUCCAGUGUACCGUUAAAAUUGAACUUUAUGGAAAAUGCCAUCUAUGAAGUGAUCAAACCGAGAGAAUACGAAUGUGGUAUUAGAAAUGCGCCCUAUUCGGAAGACCGUGAAAAAUUUUACAUGACACCUCCAUUAAACUUGAUGUUAAAAGACACACAAGAUUUGAUGAUAUACUUUGACUGUGGAGCGGUUUGCAGUGGCGGCUCCAAAGCUGAUACUGGUCGUUCUCGGCAGAUGCGUUUCUUGGAUUACGGGCUGAGAAAGUUUUAUAAUAUGGAAGCUAUCUAG